AUGACGAAGAAUCGCAUAUUCGCGCAUUGGGCCAGAGAGGUCGGCAUCGUGGAAGAACUCAAGCGCUUCGGUGGACCUACGGCCAAACCUUUAGUGAAGACUCUGGCCGCGGAUCUGCAGACGUUCAUCGGCGCGCUUAGUCUGGUGCAAGGCUCGUCGGCGCCGACUUUUGUCUUGGCCCCCCUCAUCUUGCGCGAGUACAAGCGCAUGGUCGGGUUCGUGGAUUCUCCCACCGCGGACUCAGAUUCAGUCACCGACGGUGCUCGUGCUCCUUUCAAGUCGUGGGUUCCCAAUACUAUCUCCGCGACCGACUACCAAGAUAUUCAGAUGACUCUCCAGGACUUGAACAAGUCAGGCGGUACCACCAAAGUCCGUACCCCUCGUGCCAAACGCGCCGUCAAGGAACCCGCCGCGGUAAAGACCUCGGCUUUCAGUGUCUCUCGCGCUUUUGAGACGAUCAACGCUCUCUCGGUGUUCAAGACCAUGUACGACGUCUUCGUUCGCAUGAUUGAGAUGCUUGGUGAUAACUAG